AUGUCGAGCAUCACCCGUUCAUUGAAUCUGUUGGCGCGUACCGGUCGCUCAUCUCUGCUGCGUCCGCGUGCCGUCAACCCCGUUCACCAUGUCUUCGCCAGCGACAAGGUCGCUGCCCGUGGCCUGGCCACUGCCUUCGAGCGAACCAAGCCCCACGUCAACAUUGGUACUAUCGGUCACGUCGAUCACGGCAAGACUACCUUGACUGCCGCUAUCACCAAGCACCAGGCCUCCAAGGGACUGGCCAACUUCCUCGACUACGCCUCCAUCGACAAGGCCCCUGAGGAGCGCAAGCGUGGUAUCACAAUCUCCACUGCCCACAUCGAGUUCCAGACCGAGGAUCGUCACUACGCCCACGUUGACUGCCCUGGUCACGCCGAUUACAUCAAAAACAUGAUCACCGGUGCUGCUAACAUGGAUGGCGCCAUUGUUGUUGUUGCUGCCUCUGACGGUCAGAUGCCCCAGACACGUGAGCAUUUGCUGCUCGCCCGUCAGGUCGGUGUUCAGAAGAUCGUUGUCUUCGUGAACAAGGUUGAUGCCGUGGAGGACGACGAGAUGCUUGAGCUCGUUGAGCUCGAGAUGCGUGAGCUCCUGUCCACCUACGGUUUCGAGGGUGAGGAGACUCCCAUCAUCUUCGGCUCUGCUCUUUGCGCCCUUGAGGAUCGCCGUCCCGACAUCGGUGCCGAGCGUAUCGACCAGCUGAUGAAGGCUGUCGACACUUGGAUCCCCACCCCUGAGCGUGACCUCGACAAGCCCUUCCUCAUGUCCAUCGAGGAAGUCUUCUCCAUUCCCGGUCGUGGUACCGUUGCCUCCGGUCGUGUUGAGCGUGGUCUCCUGAAGAAGGAUACCGAGGUCGAGAUCGUGGGUGGCUCAGAGGUCCCCAUCAAGACCAAGGUCACCGAUAUCGAGACCUUCAAGAAGUCUUGCGAUGAGUCUCGUGCCGGUGACAACUCCGGUCUGCUGCUCCGUGGUGUCAAGCGUGAGGACAUCCGUCGCGGCAUGGUCAUUGCUCUGCCCGCUUCCACCAAGGCCGCCAAGAAGUUCUUGGUGUCCAUGUACGUUCUGACCGAGGCCGAGGGUGGUCGCCGCACUGGUUUCGGCUCCAACUACCGCCCUCAGGUCUACCUCCGCACUGCCGAUGAGCCUGGCGACCUUACUUUCCCCGACGGCGAUGAGUCUCGUCGCGUCCAGCCCGGUGACAACGUCGAGAUGGUUCUCGAGACUCACCGCCCGGUUGCCGCCGAGGCGGGUCAGCGCUUCAACAUCCGUGAGGGUGGCCGCACCGUGGCCACUGGCCUCAUCACUCGCGUGAUGGAGUAA